GGAGGGAAGGACCAGAACAGCGCCUCAGCCCUCUCCGUCUGCCGUGCCCUAUGCACUCCCGUAGCAGCGGCAAAGAGACUGGCAGUCAGGACAACCAACAGAAGAGCGGGAUUGGUCCCGAAAUCCUCCAAUCACGAGGAGCCAUAGUUCCAAGAUGCAUCCUCGCUAGGCAGGGUAUCCUGUGUGUGAGAAAUGCGGUGUGUCUAUGCUCUGAAAGGGGCGUCCGAGCCUGCAUCAGCAACCGAAGUAGGAGAGGAGGCAGCCACAGCAGCUUGAGGCUCAAAAGGGACAUUUAUUGUGUCUUAAAAGAAACCAUAUUUUUGAGAAGACACAAUAGAAUGGACACAGAAGGAUUUCCUCCUCCACCACCACCAGAAGUUUUAGAAAACGAAUUAACAGCCAGUGUUGCUAAUGAGGAAGAGGAAGAAGAAGGAGAACGGUUUGAUUUCGAUAGUGGAGAUGAAGUACCAGAAGCAGACAGACAAACCAUUUUGCCACCUAAUUCUGAUGCUAACAAUAAUGCAGAACAGGAAGAGGUGAAUUCUACAGCUAAUGAAAAUCUAGGAAAUGUAGACAAAACUGAGAAAACGCAGGGAGCUGAAGCCAAUGGAGAGGUGGCCCUUCCUCGAGUAAAUCCAUACUCGGUCAUAACCAUUUCACCAAUGCAAGAGAAAGAGCCAUCGUUGUCGCCAGAGCCGGGUCCACAAGAUGGAAGUAUAAGCCCUACACUCUCGAGCGGCUAUUCUGUUCCUGUGCCCUGUGGCUAUGCUGUGCCAUCCAAUUUGCCACUGAUAUUGCCAGCGUACUCCAGUCCUGUUAUAAUAAGGAGUUUAUCUGUGGAUGAAGAAGCAAACACUCAGAUAGUAGCUGAGGACUGCCGCUCUAACUCUCAGAGCUCAGAGGAUCCUCAGAACAGUGAAGAUAAUCGGGGGAGUAAAGAUGAUAAUGCUUUGGCCAAAUGGACUGCUGAUCCUGCAAACACAGACUGGAUGGAGAAUCCAGAUGAGGUAAUAUAUGAUGAUGUACCAAGAGAAAAUUCAGACUCUGAACCAGAGGAGAUGAUAUAUGAUGAUGUUGAGAACGGCGAGGAAGGUGGAAAUAGCUCUCUCGAAUAUGGGUGGAGUUCAAGUGAGUUUGAAAGCUAUGAAGAACAAAGUGACUCAGAGUGUAAAAAUGGCAUGCCCAGUCCCUUUCUGCGUGGCAACCACAGGAAACAACUUUCUCAUGACCUAACCCGUUUAAAGGAGCACUAUGAGAAAAAGAUGAAAGAUUUGAUGGCAAACACGGUGGGAGCAGUAGAGAUUCAGCAACUAAAGCAAAAACAUGAGCUGAAGAUGCAGAAACUCAUGAGGGCUGCUAGAGAAGGCACCAAAGAUGGACUGGAAAAAACAAAAGCUGCUGUAAAGAAGGGUCGCUCAUUCAUUAGAACCAAAUCAUUUAUUGGUCAAGACCAUAGAUCAACUUGUCUGGAAGAAGAGGAGCUGUUUAUUGAUGUGGACUGUGUGCACACAGAGGCAAUAAUGACUCCCAUGCCUGAUGGAUUAUCACAACAACAGGUGGUCAGACGAUAUAUUUUAAGUGCUGUGGUUGACAGUGAGAAGAAUUAUGUGGAUGCUCUCAAAAGGAUUCUAGAGCAAUAUGAGAAGCCUCUUUCAGAGAUGGAUCCAAAAUUACUGAGUGAAAGAAAACUAAAGAUGGUAUUUUAUCGAAUUAAGGAAAUUCUUCAGUGCCACUCAAUGUUUCAAAUAGCACUGGCCAGUCGCGUCUCUGAGUGGGAUUCUGUUGAAAUGAUUGGAGAUGUCUUUGUGGCAUCAUUUUCCAAAUCUAUGGUGCUAGAUGCUUAUAGUGAGUAUGUAAACAAUUUUAGCACUGCUGUGGGGAUUCUCAAGAAAACAUGUGCCACAAAGCCUGCCUUCCUUGAAUUUUUAAAGCAAUGUCAAGAAUCGAGUCCUGAUAGAAUUACACUCUAUGGCUUAAUGAUGAAACCCAUACAACGAUUUCCUCAAUUCAUUCUGCUGCUACAGGACAUGUUGAAGAACACUACUAAAGGCCAUCCUGACAGGUUGCCUCUACAGAUGGCUCUCACAGAACUUGAAACAUUGGCAGAAAAAUUAAAUGAAAGGAAAAGAGAUGCAGAUCAGCACUGUGAAAUAAAACAAAUUGCAAAAGCCAUGAAUGAGCGUUAUCUGAACAAGUUACUCAGCAGUGGGAACAGACACCUCAUACGAACUGAUGACAUGCUGGAAACGGUUUACAGUGACAGAAGAGAAAUCAUCAAAACCAAAGAACGACGGUUGUUCAUGUUAAAUGAUGUAUUGAUGUGUGCUACAGUAAAUGUCCGGUAUGCUACUCUUCUCCCUGUUGGCUGGGCUGUUUUCAGUUCUUUGCAUGAAAGUAGUGGCAUUGUGACCGGCCAGAGGUACUUACUAAAAUGGAGUGUGCCCCUUGGACAUGUGGAUGUCAUUGAAUAUGGGAGUAGUGAUGGUCAAAGUGAGAACUGCAGAUUCCCGCCACAGCAUUGUUCUGAGAAUAUGGUUGUCAAUGCUAAACCAAUCCUUAGAACAGUGUGGAGUAAACACACACAGGAAUCAGGACCAGCAGAGAUGCCUCCAGGCAGACAUGUAGCAGACAAGCUUUACAUGGGACCAGGGCAACUGUACCAUGAUUUGCAGAAUCUCUUGCAUGAUUUGAAUGUUGUUGGCCAAAUUAGUCAACUGAUAGGCAGCCUUAAAGGAAACUACCAGAACUUAAAUCAGUCUGUGGCACAUGAUUGGACCUCAGGCUUGCAAAAACUUAUUUUGAAGAAAGAAGAUGAAAUCCGAGCUGCAGACCGCUGUAGAAUUCAACUUCAGCUUCCAGGAAAGCAGGAUAACAGAUCUGGACGACCUACUUUUUUUACAGCCGUGUUCAAUACAUUUACCCCUGCCAUCAAACAGUCUUGGAUCAACAAAUUACAAAUGGCUAAACUUGCUCUAGCUGAGGAGAAUCUCCUGGGUUGGUUCUGUGUAGAUGAUGAUGGGAAUCAAAUUAAAAAAGAGAAGCACCCACUCCUUGUUAAGCAUAUGCCUGUGAUGAUGGCCAAACAACAGGAAUUUAAGGUUGAAUGUGCUGCUUAUAAUCCUGAGCCUUACUCAUGUGAAGAAACUGAUCCAGAUUCCCUUUCUAUAGAACAUGGGUUUCUAUGGAUUGGCAGUUGUACUAAUCAAAUGGGCCAAAUUGCCAUUGUAUCAUUUCAAAACUCCAGCCCAAAAGUUAUUGAAUGCUUCAAUGUGGAAUCGCGAAUUCUCUGCAUGGUCUACAUUCCAGAAGAGGAGAAACAUAAAGAAUCAAGUGUGUCUCCUGAACAUGAAGAUAUGCCUACAAAACCUUCCAAAGUGCCUACUGUUUGCCUGGGCAUGGAAGAAGGAAGUAUCUCUGUUUACAAAAGUAGCCAAGGCUCAAAGAAAGUUCGACUUCAACACUUUUUUGCUCCUGAAAAGUCCACUGUCAUGAGCCUAGCAUACAAGUCCCAUCACUUGUUUGCUGGCCUUGUUAAUGGGAACAUUGCCAUCUACUCCAGGUCAGAAGAUGGAACCUGGAACCCGGAACCUCAGAAAGUAGUGAAGUUGGGUGUUCUUCCAGUAAGGAGCCUCCUUGUCAUGGAAGAAACCAUUUGGGCUGCUUCUGGUGGACAAAUAUUUAUAAUUAACACAGAGAGGCAUACUGUAGAGUGCCACUUUGAAGCUCAUCAAGAGGAAGGAAUGGUUAUUUCUCAUAUGGCUGUCGCAGGAGUUGGGAUCUGGAUUGCGUUUACCUCAGGAUCCACACUUCGUCUUUUCCACACUGAAACCCUCAAGCAUCUCCAAGAUGUUAAUGUCGCUACUCUCGUUCACAAUAUGUUGUCAGGACAGCAACGUGUUUCUGUGACUAGCCUUCUGGUAUGCCAUGGCUUGUUAUUGGUUGGGACAAAUCUGGGGAUUAUAGUAGCACUCCCAGUUCCUCGUUUGCAGGGAAUCCCAAAAGUAACUGGAAGAGGAAUGGUCUCUUACCAUGCACAUAAUGGUCCUGUUAAGUUUCUUGUAAUGGCUUCUGUGAUAAACAAGCGAAGCAAAAGCAAAUCAAGGCAUAGUCUGAAGCGUCCUCAUUCAGGAUCUAAAGACGAUGACCAAAAGAAUAUUGUUCAUAAUGAGAGACCCAGUUCCUCCUUAAGCAACCCAAAUGACAGUGCUAUUUGGCUUGGAGGUUCAGUAGGAUCCAUUGCCCAGCGAAGUGACUUGUCUUCCUCUUCUGGAUCAUUAACAUUGUCUCAUGGAUCAAAUACAACUGAACACAAGUCUGAGGAAAUUGCUAUAUAUGAGCUUUUGAAAGAAGUCUCUCUUAAUCAGAGUAAAAAACGUAGAUCCAAAGAAGGGAAAGCCAUCUCUGUCUUAGUCAUCUCUGGAGGACAAGGGCACAGAAGAGUGAACAAGAAGUGUAAGCAGCAGCGGCCUGAUGAACUGGUUUCAUCUGUGAUGGUCUGGCAGAUUCCACUAUUAAAUAUUUAAAAAUCAUGGAACACUGUAACUUUAAAAGACUUAUUGCUUUAGUUACAAAAGUCAAAAUUCAUUACAAUGAUUCUCUUCAAAGCAGAAUCCUUUUGUGGUCAUCUCAAAAUGAGUUCUAUUAUGCUAAAUAGUGAUCUUGGCAAAGGUCUAUUUGUGUUGAAGUGGGAUUGAUUGUUUACUCAAAUAAGACCACAUAAAAGCUCCCUUUCAGAACUGUGUUGAAAAUGUUUAACUCUUAAUGGUAAGUCUGUAACAGAAAAAUAACUUUAUGGAUAUUAUGAUCAAUUUUAAGCUAUUUUUACAAAGUUGCCAUUAUUUAUAUUCAAAUUUUAUGGCCUAGAAUGCUAGAUGAGGGGCAAGAUUCAAAUAGCAUUCCACUGAUGCAUUUACUUUCUUAAGCAGUCUCUUCUUACAAAGCAAUAUAAUGCAUGUGCUGUACAUUUUUCCAAAUACUUUUGAGAAAUGACUAUCCCAAUAUAGUCUGGUAGAUAACUAGUAAUAUAAUUCCUCAAGAAAGUGACAGACAACAGAAAAUGUAGCUUGACGAGAUACUAUAGAUAUAUAUCCUUCGAAGCAAAGAGUCAAUACUAAUGUUAACACUCAGUAUUUAAAAGAGAAUGAAGCAGAAUAUAAAUGUUAAUAUUUUAGACAUAAAAUACAUGUUUUACACCUUUUGCUUAUUGAGGUGCUUUUUUUUUUACCACUUGAUCAUUACCAAUAGUUUCCUUUCCUCUCCUUUCUAAAAAGAUCUUUCACUGAAUGCAUAUUUUAGUUAGGCUGUAGCACACAAUGGUUUAUGUUUUGGUGUUCUCAACCUGAUUAUGCCACAUUCUGUUGCUGGCAAUGGAAUGUGUUCCAGUUCUUUGUUCAACAUGUAUGUUUUGAAUAAUAAUGUGGGCAGGGGGAAUCCAUAGAAAACAAAUAUUAAAUAAAGAGAGUUUUUAACAUGAAGAGAUCAUGAUGACCCUAUUAUACUGAGUUCAGUACUAUAAAAUUGUAUCAAUGCAUGUUGAAAGUGCAUGUUAAUGCAGGUUUUAAUCACAAAUCAAUUGAUGUGUACUUUAGCCAUGACUCCAGGCAAAAUCCACUGCAUAAUGUGGAAAGAAUCAUACUAUAAUCCAUAUUUACAAGCAAAUAAUUUGCAAAUAAGUAUCCUUGCUAAUAACAUGACAAUUAUAUUGCUGGCACAUAGUCACACCUGUAUGCUCCAGAAUUGAUUUCUGGAAAAUAAUCCAGCCAUGAACAAGAUACAAAUGUCAGUCACUCAAGCAUAAAGUUACAGGGCAUGUAUUCAGAGGCAAAAACUAUCAUCACACCUGCUGUACUUGAUAAGUUAGCUCCAAAUAAGCCUCAAGGCCGCUGUUCUUGAAGCAAUGGACACAGGUCAGCAAAACUGCUGGUUUGCCUGAUCAGUUCCAAUGAGGCAUAACUUUAAUUGAGUCCUCGUAUAAGCUUACAGAUGCUGCUCUUUGCAUGCUGGCAUAUGUGCUUUUGAAAUACAAAGGCUCUGAUCUGAAUCGGACACAUUAGGUACAAUCUGUAGAAGGCUAAACCAACAGAUUUCAACAGAAGGUACAUUUCUGUCUCCUAACUUCACCUAUUGAGUACUCCAUUCAUUUGGGAAAUCAAUGGAAUAAUUUCCACUGACAUAAAAAGGCGCAGAAUUGAUCUUCUUAAUUGUAACCUCUUGCAUCUAAGUGCCAAAAUAUCUAUAUAGCCAACCAAGCUUCCUACUCCAUGUAGCAUCAUUGACUUUAUUGCCAUUGGCCAAGAUCCAAAGAAUCACAAAAGCAGUUCUCUGAGCUGAAAUUUUUUUUUAACUUUGCCAUUCUGCAUGGAUAUCUUUUUUUUUAAUGGAGGUGAGAUGGAGGAGAAAUAAUUAGUAAUGUGGCAGUGACGAAAGGAGAAAAAAAAAUCUAUGAUUCUACUAUGUUCGCCCUUUGGAUCCCAGUCACUGAAUAUUGUCAACAGUAUAACCAUUUCUAUAUGUGCUGCUAGAUGGUAUGGCAAAUAAUAGCUUUAAAGUAUUUUAUAAAAUUGUAUAUAGGUGUGAACAAAAAUGCUAACCAGUAACCAAAUGCAAAAUGCAAUAUUUCUCUUGUAAGAUAUUGCAAACUGGUACUGUAUUGCUUCAGUGUUGGAUGCAAGCCAAUGGUAAUGAGCUCAACAAAUACUUAUAUGUAUGAACGUGUUGCUAGGUGGGCCAGAUUUUGCUUCUGAUUCCACUUGAAAUGCAGAAAAUGCUGAGGGGGAAAAAUAGGAGGAAGAGGAGCUAGUGCAACCACUACACUGCAUUAAAUACUUUCUAACAUCUAACCAUAUAUGUGUUAUAACCUGAGCCAUAAAAAAUUGUAUCUAUGUCCAAGAUAAACUCAGCAAAAUGUUUAAUUAAAAAAAACUGUGAAUAAACAA